UCGAGUCAGUGGAUCACGCGGAGUAUCGCGAUAUUUGAGCAGGACCUAUUUAAACACCGACCACAUCCGCGAGUUCGCACUCGUUCAUUGACAGACACUCGGACUGCAGAAACACUUGAAGCAGAAAAUGGCAGCUGGAAAAGCACAUAUUGGCAAGCCUGCUCCAGACUUCACAGCCAAAGCUGUGAUGCCAGAUGGACAGUUUAAAGAUCUCAGUUUGUCUGAAUACAAAGGGAAGUAUGUCGUGUUAUUCUUCUAUCCAUUGGAUUUCACCUUUGUGUGUCCCACUGAGAUCAUCGCCUUCAGCGAUGCAGUCGAGGAGUUCAGGAAAAUCAACUGUGAGGUCAUUGGUGCUUCUGUUGAUUCCCACUUCUGUCAUCUUGCCUGGAUAAACACACCUCGGAAACAAGGUGGUUUAGGGCAUAUGAAUGUCCCUCUGGUGGCAGAUUCCCUCCGCUCCAUAUCUCAAGACUAUGGUGUUCUUAAGGAGGAUGAGGGUAUUGCAUACAGAGGACUUUUCAUCAUUGAUGACAAAGGCAUUCUGAGGCAGAUAACCAUCAAUGAUCUGCCAGUGGGCCGCUCCAUUGAUGAAACCCUGCGCUUGGUGCAGGCCUUUCAGUUCACUGACAAACAUGGAGAAGUUUGUCCAGCCGGAUGGAAGCCCGGAAAAGACACAAUUAAGCCUGACGUCCAGCAGAGCAAAGACUAUUUCUCCAAACAACACUAAAAAAACACUAAACCGUGCAGAAUAGUCUAAUGGGCCUGUAAAAGUAGUCAACAUGAAAUACUGCUACUAGUUAGCCUAGCACAUCCAUGUAGGAGUGGAAAUGAAGCUACCUGAAAUGUAUUGUAACGUUUAGUAUGUAUAGUGUGUCUUUUGGUCUUUUUUGUUGUGAAAAGAGAUGUUAUAUAGUGGGGACCAGCUUAUUGUAUUUUCACAAAUUCUUGCAUUUCAAACAAUAAACCAUUUUUUAACAAUAAA